GUGUGUGCGUGUGUGUGUGUGUCUGCGCGCGGACCGAGCGGUGCAGCGAGCCGAAGCCGAGGACGGACCGCCCGGGGAAGGACUCGGUCCUCAGGACGAUGGUGUUGGACAAGGAAGAGGGUGUGCCAAUGCUCUCCGUCCAGCCCAAAGGGAAACAGAAGGGGUGUGCUGGCUGCAAUCGCAAGAUUAAAGACCGCUACCUGCUCAAGGCCCUGGACAAAUACUGGCAUGAGGACUGCCUGAAAUGUGCCUGCUGCGACUGUCGCCUGGGGGAGGUGGGCUCCACCCUCUACACGAAAGCCAACCUCAUCCUCUGUCGCAGGGACUAUCUAAGGCUCUUUGGAACAACGGGGAACUGUGCAGCCUGCAGUAAGCUGAUCCCAGCCUUUGAAAUGGUGAUGAGAGCCAGAGAUAAUGUUUACCAUUUGGACUGUUUUGCCUGUCAGCUUUGUAACCAGAGGUUUUGCGUGGGGGACAAGUUUUUCCUUAAAAACAACAUGAUUUUGUGUCAAAUGGACUAUGAGGAGGGCCAGCUGAACGGAAGCUUUGAGACACAGGUUCAGUAGUCGCGCCAUGUGGCAGCAACAAUCAGCUCCACAUGUACACACCAGAUGGAUGUUCUGCUGCACUCGGAAAAAAAGACAAGCGUCUGUCUGCUUGCCUGCAAUACUUUUUAAGACCCCUUUAUCAGUCCCUAAGGACUCUAUUGUAAAUGUUUAACUUUUUGUCCCUCCCACACCCCUGUCACUGAGCAGUUACAAAUUUUGAUGUACAGUUGUGCCUGCUUAGCUGAGCACUGUAUUGCUUGUAUGUUUUGUGAACUUUGUUUCAGGUUGGUUUUGUUUCUCGUUUCCUUUUAGAAAUGGUUCGUUGGAGGGUAUGUACAGUCUGUUUUCUCUGUAUAUAUAAACUGGAACAUUUAUUUUAUGAAAUGUAAUGCAAUUUUAUUACAAGUGUGAAUUAAAAAUUCGUAAAUGUUCAUAGUGAGUUUUUUCCUCUUGUACUAAAACCAAAGUUGUUGGACGUUGGCCCAUCUGUGAAUAUAUAAUCUCCAGAAACUGCAGUGCUGCAAAAGUCUUGCAAGAGAAGAUAUAUUUGAAGUACUUCUUUAAAACAUGAUGCAAGAAAAUAAGUUUUAUUACAGUUUUACAGAGUUCUGAUGGAAUUAGAAAUGCUGUUUCAAAUGAACUAAAUACGAUUUUAUUUGGAAUAAAAGAAUGCUUCUCCAAA